AUAAAACUCCAACUCAACCAUCAUUCUUUCUCUUUCUGUUACCUGGUUAAGGGCAACAGCAGUGGUAGUAGCAGUGUGAUUUCGUAGUGACACCGAAACUUAAGUAAGCGACCAUGGGAAAGGAAAAGAUCCACAUCAACAUCGUGGUCAUUGGCCAUGUCGACUCCGGGAAGUCCACCACCACCGGCCAUCUGAUCUACAAAUGCGGAGGCAUUGACAAGAGAACCAUUGAGAAGUUCGAGAAGGAGGCUGCUGAGAUGGGCAAGGGCUCUUUCAAGUAUGCCUGGGUGCUGGACAAGCUGAAGGCUGAGCGUGAGCGUGGUAUCACGAUUGACAUUUCCCUGUGGAAGUUUGAGACCGGCAGGUACUACGUCACCAUCAUUGAUGCCCCUGGGCACAGAGAUUUCAUCAAGAACAUGAUCACCGGUACAUCUCAGGCUGAUUGUGCUGUGCUGGUCGUUGCUGGUGGUGUUGGUGAGUUUGAGGCCGGUAUCUCAAAGAACGGGCAGACUCGUGAGCACGCUCUCCUUGCUUUCACUCUGGGAGUGAAGCAGCUCAUCGUUGGUGUCAACAAGAUGGACUCCACAGAGCCCCCCUACAGCCAGAAGCGUUUUGAGGAGAUCCAGAAGGAGGUCAGCACCUACAUCAAGAAGAUCGGCUAUAACCCUGCCACUGUCGCCUUUGUGCCCAUCUCUGGGUGGCAUGGGGACAACAUGCUGGAAGCCAGCGCCAACAUGGGCUGGUUCAAGGGAUGGAAGGUCGAGCGUAAGGAUGGUAACGCCAAUGGUGUGACUCUGUUGGAGGCCCUGGACAGCAUCCUGCCCCCAUCCCGCCCCACAGACAAGCCCCUUCGUCUGCCCCUCCAGGAUGUUUACAAAAUCGGUGGUAUUGGAACUGUACCUGUGGGCCGUGUGGAGACUGGAACCCUGAAGGCCGGUAUGAUCGUCACCUUCGCCCCCGCUAACGUCACCACUGAAGUCAAGUCUGUGGAGAUGCACCACGAGACCCUGGAAUCGGCUAUGCCAGGCGACAACGUCGGAUUCAACGUCAAGAACGUGUCCGUCAAGGAUAUCCGUCGUGGCAACGUAGCUGGAGACAGCAAGAAUGACCCUCCAAUGGAGGCUGGCACUUUCACUGCUCAAGUAGGCAUACUGUUUGUAGUUGGGCGGGGCAGGUUACUUCCCAUGACAAUUGUUUUUGUGCUAAUUGACCACGCCUUGUUUUUCCAGGUAAUCAUCCUGAACCACCCUGGCCAGAUCUCCCAGGGCUAUGCCCCUGUGCUGGAUUGCCAUACUGCUCACAUCGCCUGCAAGUUCAGUGAGCUCAAGGAGAAGAUCGACCGUCGGUCCGGCAAGAAGCUUGAAGAUGCCCCCAAGUUCCUGAAGUCUGGAGAUGCUGCUAUCGUUGACAUGAUCCCCGGCAAGCCCAUGUGUGUGGAGAGUUUCCAGGAAUACCCCCCUCUUGGUCGUUUUGCUGUGCGUGACAUGAGACAGACAGUCGCUGUCGGUGUCAUCAAGGCUGUUGACAAGAAGGCCGCCUCAAGCGGCAAGGUCACAAAGUCUGCCGUUAAGGCCGGUAAAAAGUGAAUUCCCCUCCCACAGGACGUCCCUCAGGUAGCGGGGUCUGCUGCCCUACAUCCUGCGGCGUCUCAAAACCUAAGCUCUAUACUUAAGGACUGGUUAAUGCUGAUUAAAACUCAUCGUAAAAGUUUCCGCAGGAAAGGAACCCAACGGAGACACUUGUGGAUUCGUCAUUACAGGCGGUGCCUCUUUCAGUUAAAUUGUGUAAAUGGUUGAACGGAACCUGUUAUGAUUCUACUAUUAAAUUGGAAGGAAACUGCUGAUAACUAAUAAAGGUCUUUAAAUGUCUUGACCAAAAA